AUAAAUUUUAAGUUUUUGGGACAGAUUAUUUCAAAUUCGGUAAAAGAUAGAAGAAUGAAUUCUUCAUGGUAUUUUUAAUGAAAAAAACGAAAAUUUUCCGAAAAUAUCAAUUUUUGAUAAAGUUUUUCAAUUUACCAAAAAUAAACUCAACUAAAAGUUAUAAAAAUUUCAAAAUAUUAUUGCAUUCACACCACUGCCUCAUACUUAAUAAUACAGUAAGUUUUCUGCUUAUUAGCUUAUAACUUAGUGCCAGUUGCACAAAAGCCGGUAAAAUUUUAAUUGUGAUUAAUUGUACGAGAACCAAUCAGUGAAGCCUUCUUCUCAAAAAAACCUUCUCUGAUUGGUUCUUGUAAAAUUAACCACAAUUAAAAUUUAAUCGGCUGUUGUGUAACCGGGCCUUCCUAAUUAGAAUAGCCAACUAUAAUGACAUAUGAAUGAGCUACUAUUAUUAUUUUAUAAUGACAUCAGGUAGAACUGCUACACGGUGCACCACAGCACAGCAUAUGUUUCACAGUUGGCAGCUCAUUUUUCAUCCAAAGAAGUCUGUUCAAUGUUCAUCAAUAUUUACAUUUAAAAAAAUAGAAAGUCUAUUUUCAAAUUCUUUAUGCGAUUAAAUAGUCAUUUUCUACAUUCUUGCAAGUCAUAAAAUGAGAAAAAUGAUGGAUCAUUUUUAUAAUAGACCAAUUUAUUUACUAAUAAUAAUAAUUUCCAUGGUGGUAGUUAUGAAUGUUGGAGGAAUUGUAAACCCAAUCGAAAUGAAGGGAUCAGGUAUCUACACUAUGAAAAGAAACGAUAUUGGUAUGGUUUUCUUUGUGACCGUUCACAACAGAGGUACAGAAAUUGUGUCUCUGGUAACAAAUAUGGUAGAAUGUUGUGAAGCUAUCACUGAUGAUGACACAGACUGCGAAUUCAUGAAACUGAUGGGAGGUCACAUGGGUACUUUGUCACCGGGAAAAUCCAGGAAUGUGACAUUGAUUUUUCCGAAUCUUUAUCUACAUAAUCGGAGAGGAGAGUGUCUGGUGCAAGUGUGGUACAGAACGCCGAAAAACGAGUCAUUUGACAUCAGACAUAGAAUUCCAUUUGAUACAAGUGUUUACAAGGACCGAUUUGUUCCCAGCAUGAGAAACUAUUAUUCGCCGCACGAAGUAAGGAACUGUCAGUCACCAGAUCAAGAUACUCUGGAUAACUGUGAACCAGUGUCGUGUCACCUCAAGUAUGCGGGCAGCAGAAGCUAUUUCAAUCCCAUCACCCAACGUUGUCAACCGAUUCCCAUAUGUAUGAGCAACCCCGAUAAAGAGUUGCCCGACAUUGCGUAUGUGCCUUUGAGCAACACUUGCCGAGACCUCGAGCAAGCUAUCACUGAGGAUGACGUCAAGUUUCUAACGCGUAAUGAAGUGGGCACUAAGUGGAAGUCUAAUCCUCCUCCAAGGAUUUCGAACUUGCGCUGCCACCACGGGCACAUCGACAACAGGAGUGGACUGUGCGUGUGCGAGCCGGGCUGGACGUCUGCGGCCAUCGACGGCGACCAGUUCAACCCGAGCACCAUGCUCUACCACAUGUGCACCAUACAGCAGACGCCCGACCUGCUCGUCACCACCAAACAAAUACUCACCGACAACCUCGCCAACUACGCCUACAUGCUCAUCCUCGUCUCGAUCCUCUACAUCCUCCUCUUCUAUUGCACCAGCACUUUCAUACUAGUCGACAACGACAGCCCCAGCAGCACACAACCCUCCAACGACAAAUCAUCAGCAGACGAGCAAAAUUGAAUAAAUUGAGCCUGAUGAAUUGAAUACUUUUUUGGUGUAGUUUUGUGUUUCACAUAUCAAAGAAGAAUAACAUACCUUGAGAGACAUAAAAAUAAUUAAUUUGAGAUGAGUGACGUCUCUUAUUGGGACAUUUCUUUCACUAAUCUUCUUUGAUUGAAAUCUCAUACUUUGAGAGAUAAUAGAGAUAAACAAUUUGAAAUAAUUGAAAUAUCUUCUUGGGUCAGUUGUUUUCUUAAUCUUCUUUGAUUAAAGUCUCAUAGUUUGAAAGAUAAUAGAGAUAAUUAACUUGAGAUAAUUGUUGUGGUAGUCUUCUUUGUUAUAUUUCUGUUGUGAUUUGGGUCGUUAGCUAAACCUAAAGUUACGUAG